CUAACUCCAACCCCAAUAUUUACUAGUUCAAGCCCCUACCCAAGAAAAAUACGUGGCAAGCGGUUUUUGACAUGGCCCCUGGUUUUCCAAACCAGUCCACUAUAUAACACGGAUGGCAACAAUUCUUGGCAUCCCAUCGCAGUGAGGGGAAGACGUAGUGGAGAUCACCAAGAUAGAAACUUUACAAGCAAGAGCAAACAUGGUGGGGCAGUUGACCGUGACUAAGCCAAGCCGGAGCGACGAGGUUUUGGAUGCAAAUCGACAGCUCCAAAUAGCCAACCAAAUCAGAGCUCAAUUCGAUUCUAUUGCCCCCAAACGACCUGCUAAACCAAACAGAAGUGAAUCGGACACAACAACUCCAAAAUCAGCUCCCUCUGACGCAGACCAAAUCAGUAUUCCUGAGCUUGACAGGCUUCGAUCUCUCCAAUCUCAAUCCUCUGUCAUUUUUUCUGGAGAGGGGGCCGUUGUGGAGCAAGAUGAGUUUGUGGAGACUCACUAUUAUAAGGAGUUAGAUUCAAUUGACAAGCAGCAUCAUAUGACGGGGAGUGGAUUCAUAAGGGUCGUGGGUGAAGAAAAUACAAAUGGGUACAACAUUGAAUUGCCAACAGUCCAUGGUACUGGCUCUCUGGUGUCAGGUUGCAGAAGCAACCCUGCUACAAACGAUUGGACUCCCAGCCCCGUCAACGAUCAGGCCUUUGUUUCAUUCAAGCCAAAUCGGAGCGAGGGCAGCUAGAACAUUGUCAGAAUGAGACACGAACCCGCAUCGACUUUUUCUAAAAUAUUGUUAUUGUAUCUUGUAAUGGUGAAUGAUUAAAAUAUUCAUAUUCAUGGGAGCGACUAUUCAACUGUUUGGGAUUUUUAUGCAUAUAUGCCAAUAUUUUUUUUUUAGUACUAAUAAUAAAAAAACGGUGGAAUACCGAAUGCCAAAUUAUCAAAGGCGGCCAUCAAAAGAAAAGGGUAGUGGGUUCUUCUA